AUGGUUAGGCAUCUGUGUGCGCUGAUGCGCCGGCCAGUUUGGCGUCGGCCUCUUUUGACCCCAUCGGUUGCCCUCCCGGGUAGACGAGUUCAGCCUCAAUUGCGAUCGAUUGCGACUCCCCUUGCCCCUCGUUCGCUGAGCACAACCGCUAUCGCCCAGGCCGAAGCCUUGAAUGCGAAGCAAGUUCUUCCCUCGAUCAAUUUGUCGGAGAUUCCGACUGAGAAGCGGACACCGCAGACCUUGACCGAGAAGAUCGUUCAACGCUAUGCAGUCGGCCUCCCCGAGGGAAAGUUUGUGCGCAGCGGCGAUUAUAUCAGUCUUGCACCCCAGCACUGCAUGACCCAUGACAACUCGUGGCCCGUCGCUACCAAGUUCAUGUCCAUGGGAGCCUCUGAAGUCCACAACCGCAAGCAGAUCGUCAUGACCCUUGAUCACGACGUCCAAAACACCAGCGAGUCGAACCUCAAGAAAUACCAGCAAAUCGAGGCAUUUGCUGCAAAGCACGGUAUCGACUUCUACCCCGCCGGACGUGGUAUUGGACACCAGAUUAUGGUGGAAGAGGGUUACGCGUGGCCGGGAACUAUGGCUGUCGCCUCUGAUAGCCACAGCAAUCACUACGGUGGUGUUGGCUGCCUUGGUACCGCUGUUGUACGAACUGAUGCUGCUAGUAUCUGGGCCACCUCGCGGACAUGGUGGCAGAUUCCCCCUGUGGCGAAGGUCAACCUCACGGGAACCCUUCCAGUAGGCGUGACUGGUAAGGAUGUGAUUGUCGCCUUGUGCGGUCUGUUCAACAGCGACGUCCUCAACCAUGCCAUUGAGUUCAGCGGUUCCGAAGAAACCAUGGCUAGCCUUCGUGUAGACACCAGAAUGACCAUUGCCAACAUGACCACUGAGUGGGGUGCUCUUACGGGUCUAUUCCCUAUUGACCGGACCCUCGAGCGCUGGCUCCGAUACAAGGCUACUGAGGCAGCCCUAUCGGAUGACCGGACCACUCGCGAGCGCAUUACUCACGAGAGAGUCGAUGAGCUGUUCGCCAACCCCCUCAAAGCUGAUCCUGAUGCUCAAUACGCCAAGCAGCUCUACCUCAACCUCUCUACCCUCUCACCCUACGUCUCAGGACCCAACUCAGUCAAGGUCGCCACCCCUCUGAACGAGCUCGCCCCGCAGAAGAUCAAGGUCAACCGCGCGUACAUUGUCUCUUGCACCAACUCACGUGCUUCCGACAUCGCGGCCGCCGCUAAGGUCUUCAAGGACGCUGCUAAGGCUAACAAUGAUGUGGUCCCCAAGAUUGCUGAUGGUGUUCAGCUGUACAUUGCGGCAGCUUCCAUCCCUGAGCAGGAGCUCGCCGAGGCCGCUGGUGACUGGCAGGUUCUGCUCGAGGCUGGUGCGCAGCCACUGCCUUCUGGUUGCGGACCUUGCAUUGGUCUCGGAACGGGUCUUUUGGAGCCCGGCGAGGUUGGCAUCAGUGCCAGCAACCGUAACUUCAAGGGACGUAUGGGCUCGCGAGAUGCCAAGGCAUACCUGGCCAGCCCUGAAGUCGUGGCUGCCAGUGCCCUCAGCGGUGUCAUCUCCGGCCCAGGUGCCUACCAGGUGCCCGAGGGCUGGUCCGGCGUGGAGCACGGAUUCGGCACUGGUGCGGAACCCUCCACCCUGAGCGCCCUGGACAACAUGAUCCAGCAGAUGGAAUCCCUGAUCGACCGCGUCGAGUCAACAGCUGGAGGUGAAGAGAAGGCCGCCACCGAGAUCCUGCCCGGCUUCCCCGAGAAGAUCUCCGGUGAAAUCGUCUUCUGCGACAUGGACAACCUUGACACCGAUAAUAUUUACCCCGGAAAAUUAACAUACCAAGACAACGUCUCCAAGGAGGACAUGGCUCUCGCCUGUAUGAUGAACUACGACCCCGACUUCAAAGAGAUCGCCAAGCCCAACGACAUUCUAGUCUCCGGCUUCAACUUCGGCUGUGGUUCCUCCCGCGAGCAGGCCGCCACCGCCAUCCUGGCGAAGCAGAUCCCUCUCGUCGUGGCCGGUAGCUUCGGCAACAUCUUCUCCCGAAACAGCAUCAACAACGCGCUUAUGGGCCUGGAAGUCCCCCGCCUUGUCGAGCGUCUGCGUGCCACUUUUGCCGGUGCCGAGCGCCAGUCCACACGCCGGACCGGCUGGACUUUGACCUGGGACGUGAAGCGUAGCUCCGUUGAGGUGCGCGAGGGAGAGAAUGGAGAGACCUGGACCGAGCAGGUCGGCGAGCUGCCCGCUAACGUGCAGGCCAUUAUUGCGGCAGGUGGUCUCGAGGCUUGGGUCAAGGAGGAGGUUAAGAAAGCGGCUGCUCAGUCGUCUUAA